AGAAAGUAAAUCUUACCGAUAAUAAUAAGACCUCGGUCCGUUAACAGGAAGUAGAGUAGAGAAUCCAGAGGGAGGUCUUCUCUGCAACAGCAAACUCUAUUUUUGUGUUUACUUAAAAGAAAUUCCACAAAAAUGUCAUGGCUAGCCAGGUCCAUUGCCAACUCUCUGAAGCUCGAUGAGCACGACAACGAUGACGAUAACGAUAACGAUAACGAUAACAGUAACCCUAACGCCACGAACUCAAAAUCACCACCAUCUCCCUCUUCCUCUGCCACCACCCCUCGCGGCGUCAAGGAAGACCUCUCCGAGCUAACCAAAACCCUAACACGUCAAUUCUGGGGCGUUGCUUCAUUCCUCGCUCCUCCUCCUCCACCUGAUAAUCAGAUCUCUGACAAGUCAUCUGAUAUUCAGCAGUCGUCCGAUCCGGAAUCGAAUGAUGAGGAUUUAAUUGCGGGGAUUCGUAACGACUUUGCCGAGAUUGGCGGAAGAUUCAAGUCCGGAAUCUCUAAAUUAUCGAGUAAUGUGAAUGUAUCGGAGAUCACUAAGAUCGCGUCUAAUUUUCUGCAGAUUGGACCAGAAAGUGAUAUUAAUGAUGAGGAUUUGAUUGGGAAUGCUGUUGGUGUCACUGAAGAGGUCGUUGCUUUUGCUAGAGAUAUCGCGACGCAUCCUGAGACUUGGCUCGACUUCCCUAUCCCUGAUGAUGAUGUUUUUUAUGAUUUCGACAUGUCCGAUGCCCAACAAGAACAUGCUUUGGCUGUUGAACGUCUUUCCCCGAGAUUAGCGGCUCUUCGGAUUGAACUUUGUCCAGGAUAUAUGAGUGAGGGCUGCUUUUGGAAGAUCUAUUUUGUUCUUUUGCACCCUAGACUCAGUAAACAAGAUGCUGAACUGCUUUCAACUCCUCAAGUGGUGGAAGCAAGAGCAAUGUUGUCGCAUGAGUUGCCAAACCGAGCUAAGCCAACCAAAUCAGGUUGGUCUGAAACUGGCAGUUCUAUAUCAACUAAAACUGCCGGCUUACCUCAUGAAGAGCCUCUUUCAGUGCCAUCUCGUCCAGAGACUGAAUCAGCACCACUAAAGACAUCAAGCAUUGAAGUAAUUUCUUCCACUUUUGCAGCCAACGCAAUAGGGAAUGAAGCAUCCCCUUCUGUUGUUGCAGAUGAACUAGAAACAGAGAAGCACCUGGUUCAGAGUACUGAGAUGCGAAUUAUUGACAAAGCUGUGGUUGAGGAAGAACCAGCUUACCAGGCUAAACAUCAAUAUCUAUCUAGCUCCACCUCCAAUGUUCCAGAUGAGAAAUCUGAGGAUGAUGGUGAUGAUUGGUUGAACGAAGAAAGUUCAGUAAUGGUAGGCCCCAGUGGAACUACAAUACAUAUUGAAAAUGAUGAAGAUGUUUCAUUUAGUGAUCUUGAAGAGGAUGACGGAGAGGUGCCUGUAAGUUAUAAGAAAGUUACAUCAGGCUCCGAUGCUUCAUCAAAAGACCCACGAGAUUGGGUUCAGUUAAGUGAAAGCUCCGCCCUUUCUGUCAAGGAUAUUAACCCUGUUGCUGUGAAACAUGUUGGGUCUGAGCAGGUAAGUGCUCGCAACUCUGAUUCCAAGGAGUCUAAUGAUUGGCUUGAUGUUGAUGACAUUGAUGUAAUAUGAUAAUUCCGAAAGCGCGUAAGACCUAUAUGCUCUCCUCCUUAAUAACCUUUGUGAAUAGCUUGUAUGUGGUUUCUUUAGUCCGAGUUGGGCUUUAGAAACUUUAUGUACAUAAAUUUGAAUCUUAAAUUGGAUGAUCAUGUGCUCAUAAAAUAUGUUUGCUUACAAUGUAAUAAUAUUCUAUUAAGAUAGGCCAGUUCAUUUGAUUUGGGAA